AUGGAAUCUGCAGAAAUCGAAUACAGAUGCUUUGUCGGUGGGCUCGCGUGGGCCACCGACGACCAGUCCCUGGAGCGCGCUUUCUCUCAAUUUGGCGAGAUCCUCGAAUCAAAGAUCAUCAACGACAAUGAGACCUGGAGGUCCAGGGGAUUCGGAUUUGUCACCUUUAGCACCAAGAAGGCGAUGAAGGACGCUAUCGAGGGCAUGAAAGGUCAGCAUCUCGACGGUCGUAACAUCACAGUUAACGAGGCUCAGUCCCGCGGAAACGGGGGAGGUGGAGGCGGUGGUUAUAGCCGCAGAGGUGGGGGUUACGGUGGUGGUGGACGCCGUGAAGGGAUGGGUCUUGUGUCAUUGACUGGACGAGCAAUUGCUGCAUGGGGGGACACUGGGGAGACCAGUGAAGGACGAGGGCACAGCCUUCUAUGA